AUGUGUACUGAUGGUGCUAAGGCCAUGACAGGUGCAACAGCUGGAGCAAUCGCUAAAAUAAAGGAGAAAUCAAAUGAAACUACUAGUAGUCAUAGCAUACUUCACAGACAUGCUCUAGCAUUUAAAAACAUUCCUCCUUGUCUAAAAAACGGAGUGGAUGAAACCAUAAAAAUAGUCAACUUCAUCAAGUCACGUCCUCUGAAAUUUAGACUUUUUAAAAUCUUGUGUGAUGACUUGGGAAGUAUUCAUAGUACGUUACUUUUCCAUACAGAAAUCAGGUGGUUAUCUCGCGGUAAAGUAUUAACACGGUUAAUGGAAUUAAGGGCUGAAGUUUCUUCAUUUCUAAUGGACCACAAUGUUACAUUAGUUGAAACUAUGAAUGACGUGAUUUGGCUUUUUCAGCUAUUGUACUUGGCAGACAUUUUUAACAAAAUGAACGAAUUAAGUCUUUCCUUACAAGAAAGAACUUUGACAAUUUUUGAUGUGAGCUCCAGAGUAUGUGCAUUGAAAAGAAAAAUUGAUUAUUGGUCAGAGUGCAUUUCUAAAAGAGAGCUGGAGUGUUUUCCAAUAAUGCAGGCCUUUUUGGAGGAAAACAAAUUGCAAGCUCCCAUCAGCAUUAUUAACGAGAUUUCUGAACAUCUCAAACAACUCAAAAAUGCAUUUAAUAAAUAUUGUCCUACAGAUCGAGAGGUGUUUUUAAAAGACAGUGAAUGGGUAGUUAAUCCAUUUUCAGUUUGUGGAAAACCCUCAAUCUUGUCUUCAAUCGAAUACGGGAGUAUGAUCGAUAUAACUUCAGAUUCAACAUUUCAAUCCACCUUUAGUAGCAAUUCUUACGUUGAAUUUUGGCUAAAUUUAAAAAAUACAAGUUUUGAACAUUUGAGUCAAAAAGCAAUAACAAUACUCCUACCUUUUGCUUUAAGUGAGACAGGAUUUUCAACCUAUACGGCUACUAAAACCAAAUACCGGAACCGUCUUAAUGUAGAACCUGACCUUCGUAUCUAA